AUGGGCGCCUGCAACUCCACGGGAUGCGGCUGUGAGAAGGGGCCCCCGCCAACGCUGAACAUCGAGCCGGGUGAGGCCAAGGGCAGCUCUCCGCGUCCGCUGGAGGCCUCUGGAGGCGGCCAGACGCUGAGCGGAGGAGCCGUCUACGAAGGCCAAUGGCGAGGUGAAGAUAAGCAUGGUCAGGGCAAGCUGAUCUUCGCCGACGGCUCCAUGUACGAGGGCCAGUUCGACUCAGACCGAAAGCAUGGAACUGGAAAGUACACAUACAGCAAUGGCUCGACAUAUGAGGGUCAGUGGAAGAUGGAGGUCCAAGAUGGGCAUGGGGUGGAGAAGCUUGUGGACGGCAGCGUCUUCGAGGGGCAGUUCAAGAAUGGCGAUAAAUGCGGCAAGGGCAAGUUUACUUGGAACACAGGCGGCAGUUAUGAGGGAGAUUUCGACGCCAACGACAUGCACGGCGAGGGACGCUACCAGUGGAGCGACGGUAGGUCGUAUACUGGCCAAUGGCGUAGGAAUCAUAUGGGUCCAAGCGGCACCAUGCAGUGGACCGAUGGACGAUGCUACGAGGGUCAGUUCCGCGAUGGAAAGAAGCAUGGGGAGGGCAAACUCUCCUGGCCCGAUGGCCGCUCCUAUACAGGCCAGUGGGACAGUGGUCGGCAGCAUGGCGUCGGCAUCGCUGUUACUGCAAAAGGUCUCUCGCGGAAAUCGCAAUGGGAGCAUGGCAACUUCGUCUGCUGGCUCGAGGAGCCACCUGAGGUGACUGGCGAGACGGCCAAGACGUGA